CGAAUUAAUGAAUGCGCUUUAAAUCCGCAAAAAUAAAUAAAACGGCGAAGAACAUGAACUGAGAGACUCUGGCCUUCAUUCUCUUCUUCUUCUUCAGCCUUUGCUCCCGAGAGAGUCCAGACUUCCAGAAUCUCGCUAACGAGAAACCAAAAUGGGGAAAUCCACCAGCUCUUGUCUCAAGAUCAUCACUUGUGGUGGCCGCAGUGGCGGUGAUUCCGAGAAUGAAGAUCUCGCUGAGACCAAAGCUGCAUCAGAAAACCGCAGAUGGAGCUUCCGAAAGAAGUCAUCUGGCCAUCGUGUUUUAAGUGACACUGUGAUCUCAGAACCUUUAUCCACCGUAUGUGACAAGGAAACAUUACAAGCUACCACCACUAAGUUUGACUCACCAAUACAUUCAAAUAUUCCUGUGAAACUGCAAGCAGAAGAUAAGCCGAAGGAAACAUUGCCCUUGUCUCCAGAUUUAGCAAAUUCUGAAGUCACUUCAACACAGCUUGCUGAUACAAAAACUGAAUCUGAUGACAACGUGCGAGAGUUAUCUGCUGUAGUCAUCCAGUCUGCAAUAAGGCGAUAUUUGGCACAGAAGGAGCAUCUAAAAGUAAAGAAUGUUGUCAAAUUGCAAGCUGUUGUACGUGGGCAUAUUGUCAGAAGACAAGCUGUUGGCACUUUGCGUUGUGUCCAGGCCAUUGUUAAAAUGCAAGCACUUGUACGGGUUCGCUAUGCACGCCAAACAAUUGAGAAAUCUACCCAUUCGGGCAAUUCGAACACAAAGGCAAAUAAAGCGCAAUCAUCAAUUCAGAUAGUAAUUUCUAAUGGAUUUGCACGGCAGCUUUUGGAGUCUGCACCCAAGCAAAAACCAAUUUACAUAAACUGUGAACCUUCAAGACCUGAUUCAGCAGCAUGGAAAUGGUUGGAGAGGUGGAUGGCUGUUACAUCAUCAGAUAUACAGGAACAAAUUUUGAAUAAGGUUGAUGUUCCAGACUUUUUGGAAGAAACAAACCUGGAUGCUUCUGAAGCAUCAAGUGAGGUUCCAAUUACUGAUUUCCCUAUGUCAUCAACUUCAACAUUAGCUGUGAAUGGGUCUGCAAAACCAGAAGAUGAUGAUUCAAUAAUAAAUACUAUUUCUGGUCUUGAGUAUCAGCAUCCUGCUUCAAAUCCAUGUGAGGCUUUGAGCUCUUUAGAGAAGGUUGACCAAGAUAACUCCAAUCUUGAGAUUCAGAAUUUGGAAACAUCACAGCUGAGCGCUGCAAAAUCUGAACAUGCCGUGCAGGACACCUCUAAUCCUGUUCCUGUUGAAACUUCAUUGGAGCAGAAUGAGGCUUCAGAAUCAAUACCUGAAUUGGCAAUCAAUAAAUCCGACAGUGAAAGUCAGAGUCCUAAGAGUACAAAUAAAGGGGAGCCAGUUGAGAUUGAGGAAAAAAGAUUUGCUUUUGGGUCUAGAAGAAUGACCAAUCCUGCGUUUGCUGCUGUUCAGUCAAAAUUUGAAGAACUAAGCUCAUCUCAAAGUAUGGGCAGGUCUGCUAGGUCUAUUGAUCAAGAUACUGUACUUCAAUCAAAAUCAGAUAAUGUCCAAUCUAAGGUGGAUCCUCUAAUAAAAGCUAUGGAUUAUCCCUUGUCAAAGAACUCAGUUUCAUAUGAUUCAAAAGCUCAAAUGGCUUCAUCUGAAUGUGGUACUGAAAUAUCCAUCUCCUCAGCUCUUGGCUCACCAGAAAGAUCAGAAACUGAAAGUGGAGAAACCGCGCUUGAAGCUGGAGCUUUUGUGAAAGAAAAUCAUGGUGCAAAUGAUGGAGCAAAUAAUGCAGUUAAUGUAACAAAUUUAAAUGCCGAAGCAAAUGAUUCUACCUCUGAUCUGAAAACCCUUCAGCCACAAAAAAAGGAAGGUGAUGGGAGCGAGACUGAUUUGACUGUCGUUGCUGGUAUGGUCCAAUCAGAAAAACAGCCACCAGAGCCAGAGACUUCUGAGAUAGAGACUCAUUUAGAAAAACCUACAGAUCAACUAGGUUAUAGGUCAUCACCAGAGGGAUCUCCCAGAAGGCCAACAACUAUUCUAGAGUCCAGUGGAAUCUCCUCAACUCAGAACUCAGUAAAUGCUAAGAGUAGUAAAAAAGACAUCGUCAAUCAAAAGGCUCAAAUGGUAGAGAAGAGGUCGCCAUCCACUCCCAUCAAUGAGUCAGGCCAAAGAAUCAGCACAGAACAAUCGCCGAAGGAUCCCAAGAAUGCAAAAAGGCGGACAUCAUUUUCCACAACUAAAUCCGAUGGUGUUGACCAUGAACCUAGGCUCAGCAGUAGUAAAUCACUUCCAAGUUAUAUGCAAGCCACGGAGUCAGCAAGGGCCAAGGCACAGGGGAGCAUUUCUCCAAAAUCUAGCCCAGAUGUGCAUGACAAGGACCAUGCUAGGAAAAGGCAUUCUUUACCCAUUGCUAAUGCGAAGCAGGAUUCGUCUCCGCGCAUGCAAAGGUCUACAUCACAAGCACAACAGAAUGCCAAAGAGAGGAGAUGGCAGAGAUGAGCAUAUCAUCAUCAAAGUGACUUCUGAUUAUCAGUCUUGAUGGACUGAGAUGAUUACUGAUUAUGUGUGUUUAAAGUUAGCUAAUUUAGAAACUUAUGAUUUACGUCGUCUUUAACUUUGUGGAUUGUUAAAAUUUGAUAUACAUGUAUACUGAGUGUUAUCGUAAAGUCUCAACCCAGAGUUUUCGGUAUGCUUUUGUUUAUGCUUGUGUGGUAAAAGGGUUGGUUUUCAGAAGACUCUUGAUGUAUUCCCAUUCUUAAGAUUGCUGUUAUAUGUGAUGUACACAGGUUUUUCAGCAAUGCAUGAUGCUUCCUUCU